AUGUCGCAGGUUCGGCGACAAGACAGUGAUGGUAGUCAGCACUCCCCAAAGCUCCCCCUUUCUUCUUCCAUUAGGAGCCAACUGUCUUCCCACUCGCCUUUAACCGGCAGUCUUAUACCCCGUGAUUAUUUGGGAACACGGCCUGAUGUGCCGACCAUUCGUUCCGACGACCCUACUGUCGCUGGCCCUCGAAUACAUACAUCUUCGCCACUUUGUACGAGCUUCCAACCUCUGUCAUACCGCGGAGACGACUUAGACCCCUCGCAGAGUCCGGUUUCGCCUAAGUCUACUGUCGACCACUCCCUGUUCAAGAAUCGCAUCACAGACGGCCCAGUCGCUAAUGCUCGGUUUCCGACCGCUUCAUCCAGCGUUGGUAAAUCCUUUUUCAUGCCACAAGGGGUAAAAGAGAUGGAGCAGCCCGGCGAUCGUCAGAAAUAUAUCGGAGAUAUGAUGCGCAAAACCUCAGACACGUCUGAUGCGAGUUCGCAUGUUGCAGACUCCAGACAUUCCCCGAUGCGCUCCUUGCAGUCCAGAUCCGACGGCAGACAAGAACACGGCUCUGCACUUCGGACUUCGUCGAUUGAUUCAGCUAUCUCCUCUCUAACUUCGGGCUCUCACUCUCACAAAACUUCCUUAGAUACCAAUAUCCUGAGUUCUUCGAAUAUCAAUAAUCUUAUAAGCGCGGCUGGAUCCGCCGAGGCCGUGAUAGUUCAUCUUUUGAAGGAGAAACACCAUACGACAUCCCAAAACUCUCAGCUCUGGAAGUUGGUUGAUAAACAGCGGACUCUCAUCCUAGGCUUGAAUAGAGACCUUGAGCGUGCUUUGAAGGAGAAAGAGAGAUACAGAAAGAAAUUGAGGGAGUUGCAAAAUCACACACCUCCAUUACCGACAAGGCUUGCCGAUGGCAAUGGCAUAUCGGAAAAUCACAAGGAGCAACACCCUAUUCAGGAGUCAGUCUCCGAAACCCCCCAGUCGCCCUCCGAGAGCAGUGAUCGGGCAACGGACGCCAACGCUAGAGGUGGACUCGAAAACAUUGACACAGCGUCGGAGCCAUUGCACGUUCAGACCUCAUUGGCCUCGUUGACAUCUGAUGCUACUAGUUCGCCAAGUCCAGCCGUUGAUGAUUCUCCCACAAACCUCGUCGAUCGGGUUGUUGCCGUUUCAACUCGUGCAGAAGUGCCUGUGCGGUCUUCCGACCAGCGAAGCUCAAAUCCGGAACUAUGCUCCCACGAUGAACGCGAAGCGUCGCAUUCUGUUGCAAGCCUCGGGUCUGCGAAAGACUCAUCAUAUAUUGAUAAUAAACGAAAUGCAAUACCGCCUCCAAGUCGCAAACCGCCCCCUGCCCCCCUGGAUCUUGGACGGAUGGAACGCUCUAAUAUUGAGCACGCCAAUACAUAUGACUCUGGCUCCGAAUACGAUGAUAUUCUUGAAGUAGAUGAAUUGCCGGAAACCGGCCGUGGGAGGAGGAAAACGAGAGAAGACGAUGACAGAGAGCGCGAGGCGGCUCUAAUAAAGGAGCGGGAAGCGCGCAGUCUAUCAAAGAAGAAGGCUUCUAAAACAUCAAAGACCCCCGCUGAUCGAGGAAACCUGCUUGCUUCGAACAUGCCUAUUGGAUUGCCGUUAAGCCCACGGCCGCAACUAAUCACAGAACGAGAAACUCCGGCGAUUGUUCUGACUCCUCGUAUGGCACUCGGAGCGUCGCUAAACGAUCGUCUCGCAUUUCCGCCUCCAAAAAGUCCUGGCUUGCCUCUGAGCCCACGUCCCGAAGAUCGCCCACUUGGUUCUCCGUUGCCAAGAUUACCAAGGGAGAUCGCCAAUUCUCUACCUAUUCCACAGACGCCCUCAAACGACGGCUUUCCACCUCAAGCAAUGAACUUCCAACCACCUCUCGUCCCAGGUCCUCCUGAUACUCUGACUACGAAUUCAUAUGGUUCUCUAGCGCACAGUGCAGCCGACGUUGCAAAUCAGCCAAUUCCCACUAUUGAUGCUUCUGUUAGAAUAGACAGUCCCAGAUCACCACGGGAGAUUCACGGGGGCAUAUACCAAGGCCUCAUCUCGGAGGAUUAUCCAAACCUACUUUUACCACCGAACGCUCUACCUCUGGUUGAAGUAAGAGUGUAUUCGUCGCGACUGCGUCCUUCGAGAAAUAGCUAUAUGGGGGUCAAAACAUUGGAUGAGGAACCUGUUUUCACUUUGAGCAUCUUUUCGCGGUCGGAAGCAUCGGAAUUGUGGCGCGUAGAGAAGAUCAUUGGGGCUCUUCCUCAGCUGGAUCAGCAGAUGAAAGAGUUGACGGACUUUGGUGGGAAGUUGCCCGACCGAAGCAUCUUCAGUGGACACUCUCCAGCGAAAGUAGAUGCAAGGCGUGCGGCCUUGAAUUCCUACUUUGAUACUCUCCUAGAUACGCCCAUGGAUGAGAAGGCGGCUGUCAUAUUGUGCCAAUUUCUUACAUCUGACGCUAUUGAGCCGCGUGAUGAUGAGACAAGCUUAGUGAGAGGUAAUGGUCAAACAAAACUUGAAGUUUCACGCGGGGCGGAUGGAAAGCCCAGAAAAGAAGGAUAUCUCACUAAAAGGGGUAAAAACUUCGGAGGCUGGAAAGCGAGGUAUUUUGUUCUACAUGGUCCGGAGCUCAAAUACUAUGACUCUCCAGGUGGUCCUCACCUGGGUACGAUCAAGGUCUAUAACUCCCAGAUCGGUAAACAGUCGCAGAACUCGGACGGUCAGAGUAAUUCUCCUUCUCGAGGCGACGACGACUCUGAUAACCAUUACCGCCAUGCAUUCCUUAUCUUGGAGCCAAAGAAGAAGGACUCCUCAGCGCUUGUUCGACAUGUCUUGUGCGCCGAGAGUGAUGAAGAAAGAGAUGCCUGGGUCGAAGCUCUCUUGGAGUAUGUUGAGGGACAAUCGGAAAACGAAGGGACUGCCAAGCAGCCGUCAAAGAAUCAAACCCCGGGGCAUGGAAAACCAUAUUCAAACGCAAACGCGAAGCUCUCUAAGUCAUCCUCCAAUGGAAGUAAGAGCAAGGGCAAAGGGAUCGACAGUGCAGAACCGGCGCCGUCAGAUACAGUUCAAGGUUUUAGCUACGAGGAUGCUGUUCCUGCUGAACCCCCAAUCAUUGGAUUUCCCCAAGAUAAACAUGUUCACAAACUCUCGCAAACACAGCUUGGGCCGUCUUCGGAAUUGUCGGACACGAGCCAAAUACCAAACACAACUGUGGAGCAUGGACAUACGGCUUCUCACGGUUCCAAAGUGAUAUCUGGACCUACGAAUGGCACGGUGAUUCAGGAUGCAGGAGCAUGGGGCAACAAGACAGCAGCCGCUGCGAAAGAGAGAAAGCGUAGCAUUUGGGGAUUCCGCACAAGGUCGUCGGCUGAUCUUGCUUCUCAACUGCAAGCCAGCCACGAACCAACACUCCAGGCUCAUCACCACUCGCAGUCAGACAAGAAGGACCAUGUAAAACCUGUCUUUGGAAUGCCAUUAGCAGAAGCAGUGCAGUUUUGUCCACCACAAGGCGUUGAUGUUGACUUACCCGCAGUUGUCUAUCGCUGCAUUGAGUACCUUAAAGCGAAAGGAGCAGUGUCGGAAGAGGGAAUAUUUCGACUGAGUGGAUCUAACGUUGUUGUCAAGGCCUUGAAGGAACGAUUCAAUACUGAAGGCGACCUCGACUUUUUGGCCGGAGAUCAGUACUACGACGUUCAUGCUGUAGCCUCCCUCUUCAAACAGUAUUUACGGGAGCUUCCCACAACAGUCUUGACUCGCGAGCUCCAUUUAGAUUUCCUUCGCGUGCUUGACCUCGAUGGACGACAGACAAAGACGGUGGCUUUCAACUCCCUCGUACAUAAGCUUCCAAAGCCAAACUUGGCGUUACUGCGAGCACUAGUGGAGUUCCUGAUUGUGAUCGUCAACAAUUCAGAUGUCAACAAAAUGACAGUCAGGAAUGUUGGCAUCGUCUUCGCGCCAACCCUGAACAUUCCGGCGCCCGUAUUCUCGAUGUUCCUGACUGACUUCGACAGCAUCUUUGGUGAGGUGCCGGAUUCAAACACAGAUCCUGUUGUACUGACAGUUGAGUCUCCUGUAUCAUCCGAGGAUGUUCGGUCUCCACGCCAUCAGAUAUUCUCUGAUAUCCCUACGCCCGCUUACGACCAAGCAUCUUUCCCAAUCCAUUCUGAUCAUGGUUCCAAUGUGCAUCAAGAGACGGGAUUCAUUUCUAUGAAACCGAGCUAUAGACGUCAAUCUCUUUAUAAACUGGAGAAUUCCAACCCGGGCCAGCCAAAUUAUGCUCAAUUCUCAUCCAUGAAUAGUAUGCUAUCACCCAAUACCGAUAGUUCCCGCCUUACAAAGGCGGCACGGAGAGAAAGCUCUCUGUUUUUCAUGGAAACAAACCAUGGCUAUUCCUCCGAUGCAAAUGUAAGCAACAACCUUUGA